CCAACGCCACUUAGAGUUUCUUCGGUUGCGAAGAGGGGGAGGAUUCGCGAACUCCAUGUUUUUUUGAUCAAGCUUUUAACGUUAAGUCGAUAAGAAGUUUGGCAAUUCUGUCUCGUUUCAUUUUAAUAUUUAUAUAUGCAUGUUUUUUUUUCUAAAUCUCCAGACAAGUUUUAGUUAAGCUCUAAUUCGCUGCGUCGUUUUAAAUUUGGCUUGUAGAUUCAGGCUACUUCAGUGUUCAGUUUUUACACUGUUGUAUAUAGAGUGUAGUGCGAUUAGUUGAUUCGAAACGGUUAAGAGAGCCGAACAAUGGCAGACAGCACAGAACCUAACAAUUCAGCGAGCCUUAAGGACAGAUUCAUCACCUACUCGCGGACUAGAAAAGGACGUAUUCUGCUCGCAGAAACUAUCAUCAGCCUGGUGAUUCUCAUCUGCUACUCAGCCUCAAUAUAUUCUGGCUAUGUGACUGUGGCCGCCAUUGAGAUGGUGUUCGCCGGCAUCUUCUUCUUUGUCUUUAUGAUGGAUUGGAACAAGCAGAUGCCAUUCGUCAGCUGGAUCUGGAGUGACUUCUUAAGAGCUGUGGCCGGUUUUGUCCUCUACCUUAUCACCUCUCUCAUCUGUGUGAUCAGUGGAUGGAAAGAUGUGGCCCUUUUAAUUGGUGGGGUAUUCGGCUUGCUGGCUACUGUCUUAUUUGCAUAUGAUACUUACCUCACUUUCGUGGUCCUGAAGAGCAGUCGUCAGCAAUACACAGCUACCACGGUGCCAUAAAUUAAACACCCAUUUGAAAAAACAACAUGGACAAAACAACAGAUGGCAAAACCACAGCUGACGAUGGACACAAAAUGGACAGAGACUGGUGCUUAGAAUAGUAUAUAGUAGUAGUUAGCAGAAUGGAAUGGUUACAAUUAUCCUUAACCUGAAGGGAAUCAUGCCAAACUUUCAGAGAGAUACUCCAUGUAUAUUUAAAUGUUUGAACAAUGUAUGUCUUCACUAGCCUGAAGGCUGCUUCCUGCUGUUGUAGUUUGUAUAGACCUUGUCUCAGUCCCUUUGUUUUAUAUCCAGGCGUAUUAUGUACAGAAUAAUGUAUGACAAGCUCAAUAAUGCACGACAUGGAGUUCCUUAACCCUCUUAUACCACGGUCACAGCACAUUUGGUGUAACAUGGGACAUUAUUUUCACAGUAACGACUUGAAAACUCAUUAAUUAAUACAACUAUAGAAAUACUUUCUUGCUCCAAAGAUAAAACAUUUCCAUAUAUUUUCUUGUAAUGUGAAAUGUCCCCCACAUCUGGAAUUUAAGUAACAUUAAUUAGAAUUCAGGAUUAUAAUCCCAUAUAAAUUUACUUGUGUAAUUUGCCUGGUUGGCACUAUGUGUACAGUUGUAGAAAAUUAAACACCAUUCAAACCAGUCAGGUUCAAGAAUUCAACAAUGCCGUGAUAUAAGUUUUGUUAUUCUGACUCCUGUGCAUAAAAGCAUAUAUUUUGACCAUUUUACAUUGUUUGGUUCGAGAAAGGAUACAAAAUAUUGUACUUAUUGUCUUUUUACUCUACAUUUUUACAGCAACGUACCUUGUCUGUCAGUGGUCUUUUUAUGCACAGAAGAAGAGUUGUGUGUUCUAGAACCUUGUUCAUGUGUUUUUGAAAAUUUUGUUUUUUUGUUUAAAGAUUUAUAAUUCACAUAGAAUACGAUCAAAUUACUGUAGUCUGGAUAAUAACAUGGUUUUGAAAUCCA